GCUUCUUGCCAGUCUUCCACCUUAUUUAAUGCACUUCUUCAUCAGUCACAAUAUUCUCUGUUCUUAACUUUUUUUUACAGUCCCCCCAAUACUCAAGUCUUCUGGUUUCCCUCCAGAUUUUCCUUCACUUUUUUUUUUUUUUUCUGUCAUUUCUCUCUGACACUGUAUUAAAUUUGGUAUUGAAUUGGACGUGAUGCAUUUUCAUCUUCUUACUAUUCCCCUCAGUUAUUGACUUCCUGCUACACUCAUUUCAGACCUCAGAUUUGUCUUCUCCUCUUUCUUUUUCUCCUCUUUUUUUUUUUUUUUUUUUUUUAACCCCAAAACGAUUCUCCCAUUUUACCAAAUUUCCCCCGUUUCCAUUUUGGCCGGCGAAGAAUUAAGAGAAGAAGCAGAAGAAGAAGAAGAAGAAGCUGGGUGCUGUUGCUCUCUAAUUGAGCCACCCGCCGAUCGAGGUUUAACGCGGCAAAGAGCCAAAACGUAUAAGUAGAUAAAAGAAAUCAGGAUGAUGAUGAUGAGAAGAAGACUUGCUUGCUGUAGCAGAGACAGAGAAGCUAGCUUGGACUUUGAUGAAGAUAGAGUUGUGACAUAUAAUGGGCUUGAGAGCUGCAUUCUCAGCAGUCAGCCUUAUGACAAUGCAAGUGCCACUACCAAGGAAGAUGGAUGUGUUUCUGAUUCCGGUGAUGAUGAUGCGUCAAGCUGCUCAUCCAAUUACAUUGCUUCUGGAUCGGCCUCUUCCUAUCGUGGAAUAGUGAAAAGGGAUGAUCACAUACUGGAUGAUUUGGAAUCUACUGGAAGUCCUGACCAUUUUUACCUUAAGGAAAAGCCAGAUUAUACAAUUGAUAUAGCAGAUUUGGAAGCUAUGAAAGAAAAAUUUGCAAAUUUGUUACUUGGGGAGGAUAUCACAGGAGGAAAGAAGGGAGUUUCUACUGCAUUGGCCUUGUCCAAUGCCAUAAACAAUCUUGCAGUAUCUGUUUUUGGUGAGCUGUGGAAAUUAGAGCCACUACCAGAGGAAAGCAAGGGCAAAUGGAGAAAAGAAAUGGACUGGUUACUUUCUCCAGCCAACUACAUGGUUGAGUUGGUUCCUACUAAAAAAAAUGGCUCUGAUGGACAUAUAGUAGAGAUAAUGACGGCAAAAGCUCGUGCAGACAUACACAUGAAUCUUCCUGGACUUGAGAAGUUAGAUUCAAUGCUAAUAGAAACACUGGAUGCUAUGGUCAACAAUGAGUUUUAUUAUGAAGAAGUUGGUAGUAGAGCAGAUGGAAAAAGCAGGAGUGCUGGUGAGAGCAGACGAUGGUGGCUUCCUUCCCCACGUGUACCUGCAACUGGUCUCUCUGACAAUGAAAGGAAGAAGUUGUUAAAUUUAGGUAGACAAGUUCAUCAAGUAUUGAAGGCUGCCAAAGCGAUUAAUGAAAAUGUGUUGAAUGAAAUGCCUAUCCCGGAUAUCAUAAAAGAUGCUCUAAACAAGUCUGGAAAAGCGUGUGUUGGAGAUGAACUCUACAGACUAUUGGCUGCAGAAUCUAUCGCAGCAGGAAACAUGAUCAUUUCCCUCAACCUUGAAUCUGAACACAGUGCCCUUCAAGUAAUUAAUAAGUUAGAAGCUGCUAUAUUUGUUUGGAAAAAGACAAUCGCAGAACAGUCUGGUGACAGUUCUCCUAGUCGAAGCUCGUGGUCGUUUUCUAAAGACCCAGUUUCUGAAUUGGAUGCGAUUGAGUUUUUAUUGAACAGGGCAGAACUCCUCCGACAGCAGCUCAAGACCAGAUACCUAAAUCUCCCUCCGACAUUCCUUGAUGUCAUUAAAAUCCAAUACGGAAAGGAUGUUGGACAUUCAAUUCUUGAGGCAUACUCCCGUGUUCUGGGAAACUUGGCAUUCUCCAUUCUGUCAAGGAUUGGAGAUAUUCUCGAAGAAGACCGCCUCAGCAAUCCAAAUUCUCCAGUGACAAGCAGUCACUUCCCUGGACUAAGCAUUCCAAGUGUCUCAUCCAGUCCUCUGCAGCGCCGUGUGAGGCAUUCGCUUCUUGACCAGAUGAACAGAGUUGAUGGCUAUCCUCUUCAUGCUUCUGAUUUGGAAAGCUCAUUGUGUGAUUCCAAAGUGAGUUCGAUGAAUUCAACUCCAAGUCGUAAUCGUGUGUGGUGUAUAGGGAGAGAUGCAUGUGGUAGAAUGUCUGCUGGGAAUUCCCCAUGA